CGUAUGGAUUCAAGCCCAACUCUAGUUCUUCCUAUAAUGACUCCACCCUAGCUUCUAUAUGCUGCUCUCCUUGUCCUCUCUCCUAUAUUCGACAACUUCACUAUUCGGUAGGGAGAGAUAUGGGGAAGAAGAGAGUGGUAGAAGCCGGAGAGGAAGUGGGUAAUCCAAGCACGAACAAUUUAGAUUCCGAGUUUUCAGCAAAGAAGAAGAAGAAAUCAGAGGGUGGGAUGGAGGGGACCGAUGCUCCUUCAACCUCAACAAAGAAGAGGUCUGCCAAUCACAUGGAGAAUAAAAAGGAAAAACGAAGGAAGGACAAAAACAGGCACCAACAGGAGGAAUCCGAUACCGUGGAGCCAAAGCCUGAAAAUAUAGCUUUGCAAAUAAAAAAUGACGUGAACAUGCAAACUUCACCUAGCAGCAGUGGCUGCGUUCAUUUGCCUGAGUUUCAUAUCGGUGUGUUCAAGGACCUAGGAACUGCCGAUCCUUCCCUCAGAGAAGCUGCAGCUGAAAUGCUGGUUACUGAGUUGCAGGAGGUGCAGAAGGCAUAUGAUCAGCUAGAGAAUAAGGAAGCUGUUGAUGGGGAGUUGAAGUUAGAAGCUUAUAAGGGUGACGGGUUGGAUAAAUGUGCUCCAUCCUUGAGGUACGCAGUUAGGAGGCUUAUUAGAGGAGUUUCUUCUUCGAGAGAGUGUGCAAGACAAGGGUUUGCAUUGGGCUUGAGUAUUUUAGUCAGCACAGUUCCUAGCAUAAAGAUGGACGCACUGUUGAAGCUUAUUGUUGAAUUGGUCGAGGUUACUUCAUCAAUGAAGGGACGGGACGUAAGAGACUCCCUUUUAGGACGCUUGUUUGCUUAUGGAGCUAUAUCAAGGUCAGGAAGACUAACAGAAGAGUUGAUUAGAGAUAAAGAUACUCCAUACAUCAAAGAAUUUAUUGGCAGUGUACUCUCACUAGCAAAUAAGAAGCGGUAUUUACAGGAACCUGCUGUCUCAGUUAUAUGGGAAUUGGUUGAAAAGUUACCUGUUGAAGCAUUGCCAAGUCAUUUUUUUGAAGCUCCUGGCCUUCAGGAGUGGUUUGGGAGUGCAACUGAAAAUGGAAAUCCUGAUGCCUUGCUUUUGGCUCUCAAAAUACGAGAUAAAGUUGGAGUUGAUAAUAUCAUGUUUAAAAAGCUUCUACCUUCUCCAUUUAGCCCAAGCAGCCUUUUUUCUGCUGAUCAUCUAUCCUCUAUUGCGGCGUGCUUAAAGGAAUCUAACUUCUGUCAGCCACGCAUUCAUAGUGUAUGGCCCGCCUUGCUGAAUAUUCUCUUGCCUGAUAGUGUUUUGCUAGUUGCUGAUCCUGCAUCAGUUUUGAACUCCACAAAGAAGCACAAAAAAAGCCGUAGGGGAGAAGAUGAUAUUGAGAAAAAUCUCAGAAAUUUUUGUGAGGUCAUUCUUGAAGGAUCACUUCUCUCAUCAUCUCAUGACCGCAAAAAUUUGGUGUUUGACGUUCUGCUUUUGCUCCUUCCAAAGCUACCUGCACAUUAUAUUAACAUUGUGUUAUCUCAUAAACUUAUCCAGUGCUUGAUGGAUGUUCUUUCAACUAAAGAUACCUGGCUUUUUAAAGUUGCAGAGCAUUUUUUGAAAGAAUUGUCUGAAUGGGUAAGAAGUGAUGAUGUUAAAAGAGUCGCUGUUAUUGUGGCAUUGCAACGACACAGCAAUGGAAAAUUUGACGGCAUGACUAGGACCAAAACUGUUAAGAUGUUAAUGAUGGAGAUUAAGAGUGAAUCUGGCUGCAUGCAUUUAUUACAGGAAUUGAUGAGCAUGUUUCUGGAUGAAGUGCAUGCUUCAGAACAACCUUCAGAUCAAAGCCAAACAACUGAUGAAAAUUCAGAAAUUGGUUAUAAAGAGGAUAAAGGUUCUAAUGGGUCAUUGGGAUUUUCUGAUAUUCUGAAAAGCUGGAUCAUAGAGUCUCUUCCCGGUGCUCUAAAGCAUUUGGAACUUGACCCAAACACAAGGUUCAAAGUGCAAAGGGAGAUCAUGAAGUUUUUAGUUGUUCAAGGUCUCUUUUCUUCAACUUUGGGGUCUGAAGUUACAUCUUUUGAUUUGCAUGAAAAGUUUAAGUGGCCAAAGUCAGCCAUCUCAAGUGAUUUGUGUAGGAUGUGCAUUGAGCAGCUACAGUCAUUGCUUUCAAGUGCACAAAAGACAGAGGGAUCUCAUGCUUUGGCAGUUGGUACUGAAGCUAAUGAUCUGGGAUCUUACUUCAUGCGUUUUGUUAACACAUUAAGAAAUAUUCCUUCGGUUUCACUAUAUAGAUCCUUGAAUGAUGCUGAUGAUGAAGCAUUCAAAAAAUUGCACAAAAUGGAAGCAUUGCUUGCAAGAGAGGAGAGAAAUUAUGCUUCAAGUGUGGAUUUGAACAAGUGUCGUGCCUUGAGGUACUUGCUCAUCCAACUUCUGCUCCAAAUCCUACUACGACCAGGGGAAUUCUCUGAAGCUGCCUCUGAGCUUGUUAUGUGUUGCAAGGAAACAUUGGGUCCAUGUGACCUUCUUGGCUCCUCAGGUGAGGAUGAACCAAAUGAAGAUAGUACACUUCAUGUAAUGGAUGUGCUAGUGGAUACCAUGCUUUCUCUUCUGCCGCAGUCAUCAGCUCCCACGAGGGCAGCCAUUGAGCAGACUUUCAAGUAUUUCUGUAAAGAUAUCACGGAUGAUGGGUUGCUUCGCAUGUUACGGAUCAUCAAGAAAGAUCUUAAACCGGGUAGACAUCAUGAUAAUGAUACUGAAGAUGAUGAUGAUAAUGACAUUCUUGAUAUUGAAGAUGCAUCGGAAUCCGAUGAAGAUGGGAUUGCUGAUAGUGAUGAUCAGAUUGAUGACUCUGAGGCAGUAGUGGUUGGAGCAGAGGCAGAAAGCACAGAGUUUCCGAAUUAUACUGAUGACUCUGAUGAGGGAAUGGAUGAUGAUGCGAUGUUCCGGAUGGAUUCAUAUCUUGCACGAAUUUUCAAGGAACGAAAGAACCAAGCUGGUGGUGAAACUGCUCAAUCACAGCUCAUUCUAUUUAAACUCCGUGUUCUCUCCUUACUAGAGAUCUAUCUUCAUGAAAAUCCAGGUAAUCCGCAGGUGGUUAAAAUCUUCCAAAGUUUGGCUCAAGCAUUUAUAAACCCAAACGCCACCGAAGGCAGCGAGCAGCUUGGUCAACGUAUAUGGGGGAUACUACAAAAGAAGAUAUUCAAAGCUAAAGAUUUCCCGAGAGGGGAAUCCGUUGAACUCCCUUUACUUGAAUCCAUCUUGGAAAAGUUCUUGAAGUUGGCUUCUAGGCCUUUCAAGAAGAAGAAAUCCGCUUCAAACCUCUCAAAAAAGAAGCAAUCCAUCUCCUGGAACCGACACAAGAUGAUCAAUUCACUCGCACAGAAUUCCACAUUUUGGGUCUUGAAGAUAAUCGAUUCUAGAAGCUUCUCAAAGGACACACUCAGGACAACCUAUGAGAUCAUCAAGGGCAUUUUAGGGGACUAUUUCGAUAGUAAGAAGUCUCAGAUGAAAUCUGAUUUUUUGAAGGAAAUUUUCAAGAGGAGACCGUGGGUGGGCCACUACCUCUUUGACUUCCUCUUAGAGAGAUGUAGCAGUGCGAAACUUGCUUUUAGGCAGGUUGAGGGCCUUGAGUUGGUUCUGGAGAUACUCAAGUCUUUGGUGCCCACUGCAGAGUCAGGUAGGGACUCAGUUAAGAAAACAAUGGAGAGUAUGGUUCCUAAGCUGUGCCAUCUGGUUAAGGUGCUCGUGACUAACAUGCCUGACAAACAGUCCCGACGGGCAGAUGUGAGGAAAUUUUGCAGCAAAGUGUUUGGAAUUUUGUCAAGCCUUGACCUGACCGGGCUGUUCCUGAAAGGGUUGGAUCUUGAUAGUCACGCUGCUUGUGAAUCCCAAAUUGGUGAUGCCUUUCUUGCUCUGAAGAAGCAGGAUUGCUAGGUUUUAUUAAUGAUAAAUUAAUUUGAUAUUUGUAUGGCAAUACAUGUAAUAGUAAUAAUAAUAAUAAUUAUUUUUAUUACUCGUUAUGAUUACAUGAGAACUUCAUUUCAUGCAUAUUUUUAGUUACCAUUCGAUGAAGAUUGUGAUAAUGGUUUGGCU